CCUUCCGCCUUUUAAAUGAUCUCCUGUACACUCCCCCACCGUUUCCCACUUACACCUUCUCUCACUCCCAAUUUCUUCUCCUCUCUCUCUAUACCCUCCCUCACUCUCUGUCUCUGGCAACCUCCGAACUUCUCCGCAAUCAUUUUCUGGGCCAGACUGUUGGAGGUGAUGACGACGAAGGAAGAGAAAGGUACGUGUAAUCAAUCGCGUAGAAGCUGCUCCUCUCACCCUGCCUGGCUUCUCUCUACACUUGCUGAGAUGGAUGAGAGGAUGAAGAUGCUCGCACUGAACGGAAACACAAAAACGAAGGUAGAAGGCGGCGAUGCCACCGACACUUUUGCGCAGCGGGCAGAAUCCUACUACCAAAAACGGCCUCAGCUCUUGGCUUUGCUCCAAGACCUCUACAAUGCCUAUCUCACCUUAGCCGAUCGCUACUCCCAAACUCAAACUCUUGCCAAGCAGUAUCACCAUCAUCAUAGACGACAAAGCUCUAACCUAUCUCAAAUCCAAGCCCUCCAUCUCGAUGGACAGGGGGAUACAAACUCCUACGAUGAAGAAGACGACGACAUUGGUGCUGUCUCCGAUGUGGAGAGCUCCCUCUCCUACCAACCCCAACCCCCACCCAUGCAUGCGAAACUGGACGUGGAAGCCAUGAUAGCAGAGAUUGUGAUGAAGAACGUGGAAUGUGAUAUUCUGUUGCAUGAAGUGAGCACGGUGGAGCGGCGGUUUGGGGAGUCAACGAGGAAGAUAGAGCUGCAGAAGAGCUUGCUGGAGGUGCUGGAGUCGGAGAGGAUGAUACUGCUGAAUGAGAACGUGCGGCUGGGGUACAAGGUGAGCGCGCUGAUUGAGGAGAACAAGGGGCUGGCGUCGGAGUCCCUGUUCAUGAAGAGGAAGGCGGGGGAGCUGGCAAGGUGCGUGUUGAAGAUGAGGGAGGAUCACAGGGUGUGCAUGCUGAGUCGAAAAAUCGAAGAUCUGCAGGGGCAGAUAUAUGGGUUGGAGAAGAGGAACAAGGAGUACUAUGGGCAGCUGAUGAAAAGAGACCAAGAAGUUGAACAACUAUUUAAAAGCAAGAAUAAGAAGAAGAAGUUGGGUUUGGAGGUUUGUUUUCAAGUGCAUAAGUUGAAGAUGGUGGAGAAUGCUGAUGUGAAUGUGAAAGGGAAGGAUGGUGGGAAAGUUUUCAAGUGGUGGGAGAGGGUGAAGAACUUGGACUUGUUUAUAUGUGGGCCAAGCCCCGGCUCCAUUUGAUCAUUAUAUAUGUGUAUAGAGAGAGAGAGAGAGAGAUGGAUAUUAGCCAAAUGCCCUUCCAAUGUGCUGGAGAGAAGACGAUAUAUGUUGGGAUUUUGGGUUUUUAGGUAAGGUUGCUGAGAUGGUAUAAUAGAUAUAUUGGUAGCUCAGUUGUAAUGACUUCUUUAUAUGAAGUGAAUGAAUCAUGAUGCCAUUUUGAUAAAAAGGCUGGAAGGUAUCAUUUGGUAAAUUUU